UCCUGGUGGUGGUGGUGAAGGGUGGGGGGUGCACGAGGGGUGCCGUGGUGACGUCAGGGUGCCGCGGCCCAUUGGUGGCCGGGCGAGGGCCGCCGCUGGUUGGCCGGGCCCCGCUGCCGCCCUCAGGCAGCCAUUGGCCGGCGCGGCAGCCCUGGCGUGGCACCAGUGCCCCGGGGCGCCGCACCAUUGGCCGGCGGCGGCGGGGGCGGGGCGAGGCACGCCUAACGAGGAUAAUUGGCGUAUAUAAAGAAAAGUUGGUGGUUAGAUUUGAUCAAGUCCUGUGAGCGCUUUGCCUUCCUCGCUAAAUUAGUGGAAGCCGGAGGCCAAUUGAGGCUGUUAGCGGCGCGGCGCCGAAUUGGGAGCGUUGCGCGGAAAGCUGCGGCGGCUGAUUAGCGGCCAUUGUUCCCGCGGGCUGCGGCGGCGGAUCAGCGCCGCGCGCCGCCCAAUUGAACCCAUUGGCGGUAGUUAGCGCCGCCACGCCGAGGCCCUGCCGCUGCCGCCCUGCCCUGCCCGCCCUGCCCUGUCGUCCGGGACUCUGCCGCCGCGCGCCCUGCCGCCGGGCCGCCGCCGCCGCCGCGGCCGCCAGGUCGCCGCCACUAAUUGGCUCAUUACCAGGUCGGGAUGAACGGCCAGCCCAACCCCGCCCCCCCCGCCGUGGCCAAGGGGGUGGGCGGCGGCGGCGGCGGGGGCGGCGUGAACAGCGUGGCCUCGGGCGUUGGCCAAGGCGUGGAGGCCGCGGGGGGCGGCGGCGGCGGUGCGGGGGGCGGCACAUUCCACAGCAUCCAGGUGAUGUUGGGGCUGCCAGGUGAGCUGAUCAUGGCCCGCACCCCCCUGGCGGCCCCCCUGGCCCCCGCCGGCCCCGGCACGGGGCGCGACUACCAGCACGACCCCGCCGGCACCCUGCAGCAGCAGCAGCAGCAGCAGCAGCAACAGCAACAGCAACAACAACAACAACAACAGCAGCAACAGCAGCAGCAACAGCAGCAGGCCUCGCCACACUCACACGCCCCCGCCACCACCAACACGCCCACGCCCGCACACUACAACGCCCCGCAGGCCCACUCCCUCACCACGCUUGGCGGCCACAGUCCCCACCACGCCCACGCCCACGCCCACCCUCACGCCCACGUGCACAACAGCCACGCCCACGUGUCCGCAGCGCCCGCCGCCCACGCCCACGCCCACGCCAACACCCUGGAGUCCCCCAUGCCCGCCCCGAACGUCGGCGAGAAGCGGAAGCUGGACGACGGCGGCGGCUACACCUGCCCCGCGCCCGCCACGCCGCCGGGCACACAGCAGCAGCAGCAGCAGCAGGCAGCCGCGGGCACGCCAGGAGAGUCUUCGUCCACCAAGAAAUCCGAUUCCAAGUCCAAGAAGGCUUCCGAUACUCCGGGGGUGAAGAAAAAGAAGACCAGGACCACCUUCACCGCCUAUCAGUUGGAGGAGCUUGAGCGAGCCUUCGAGCGCGCGCCGUACCCCGACGUGUUCGCGCGGGAGGAGUUGGCGGUGAAGUUGUCCCUCUCGGAGUCUCGCGUGCAAGUGUGGUUUCAGAACAGGCGAGCGAAGUGGCGUAAGCGAGAGCCCCCCAGGAAGAACUACAUGCCCCCGGGCGGGAUGGGCAGCGGGCUGGGCGGGUCCUUCAACUCCCUGAACACGCUCUCGCCCUUCAACUCGGGCGACGCGUGGAGCUACUCUUCCUCGUACGACACGACGCACCUCAACCUGCUGGGGCCCGCCUCGUACCCGUUCUCCGCCAACCACAACCCGGGUUACAGCUACCCGAUGCUCUCCCAGCCCAUGGGGAUCAACGAGUCCCUUUUUCCCAACCCGAUCGGCCAGAUGCGGGCGGGGGAGUUCCAGGCGCCGGCGGGGAUGCGGGACUUCGGGAAUGGCCAGCUCAAGCCCUACGAGUACCUGCCGGAGGUGAAGACGGAGGAUUUUCUGCCGGAGAAACGGGACGCCAACAUGAACAGCGUCCGCCACCACCACCACCACCAUCAUCAGGCGGCGGCGGCGGCGGCGGCGGCGGCGGCGGCGGGCCCAAAGGAAAGCAAGGAUUCCUCGUUCAUCACUCUGCCUUCUUUUUUAAGUUAACUCAGGAGCUUCGCGCGAUGAAGUCAGCGCGCCUGCAGGAGGACGCGCGCGCCUACGAAGCUCAGCACAGCACCCAGCACCACCCCCAUCAGCACAACCCCCCCCUUCCCGCCCCUGCCCUACCCCCUCCACCACCGCCGCCACCACCACCGCCGCCGCUGCCACCAAUCCCCCAGGGAAUACUAGCUGGGGGUCAGAGCC